CCACUUCUUGGAGAGACCCGCAAGCUGCAACUGAAUGAAUCCAGGACUCCGGUUCUUUUUAACCGACUAAACAGUGUAUUAUAAGUCUGCUUCGGUCUGUUGCGACCUGAAAAGGUUUUGGGAACAAGUCUACUUCACUUGAGGGUCCACGUCUGCAGCCAUGGCUCGUAAGGAUUAUGCGGCUGAGAAAGAAAAGUGCAAAAGAUUCCUUCAGGAGUUUUACUCAGAGGAUGAUAAUGGAAAGAAGGUCUUCAAAUAUGGAGCUCAACUUGUGGCGCUGGCCCACAGGGAGCAGGUGUCUCUCUUUGUGGAUCUGGACGAUGUGGCAGAGGAGGACCCCGAGCUGGUCGAGAGCAUCUGCGAGAAUGCGAAGCGCUACACAGGCCUGUUUGGAGACGCCGUCCACGAGCUGCUGCCAGAGUACAAAGAAAGAGAUAUUGUGGCAAAAGAUUCUUUGGAUGUGUACAUUGAGCACAGGCUGAUGAUGGAGCAGAGGGGCCGCGACCCUGCAGACACCAGAGAUGCCAGAAACCAAUACCCACCUGAACUCAUGAGGAGAUUUGAGCUCUACUUCAAAUCUCCCAGCACUAAUAAACCCAAAGUGGUGCGUGAUGUGCGAGCAGACAGCAUCGGGAACCUGGUGGCUGUUCGAGGAAUAGUGACCCGUGCCACCGAGGUCAAACCGAUGAUGACCGUCGCCACCUACACAUGUGACCAGUGUGGCGCAGAGACGUAUCAACCAAUCCAAUCGCCCACCUUCAUGCCCCUCAUUAUGUGCCCCAGCCAAGAGUGCGUCACAAACAAAUCAGGAGGUCGCCUCUACCUGCAGACCAGAGGCUCCAAAUUUGUCAAGUUCCAGGACCUGCGUAUUCAGGAGCAUAGCGACCAGGUGCCAGUAGGAAACAUUCCCAGGAGCAUGUCCGUGUAUGCCCGUGGAGAAAACACACGUCUUUGCCAACCAGGAGACCAUGUGGCCAUCACCGGAGUCUUCCUCCCUCUUCUUCGCACAGGAUACUCUCAGGCUGUCCAGGGCCUUCUGUCGGAGACCUACAUGGAGGCUCAUUGCAUCACACUCAUGAACAAGACAGAGGAUGACGAGCUGGGCAACGAGCAUCUCAGUGACGAGGAGCUGCGCAGCAUCACAGAUGAAGGAUUUUAUGAGAAACUGGCCGGCUCAAUAGCACCUGAGAUCUACGGGCAUGAGGAUGUGAAGAAGGCUCUGCUCCUGCUGCUGGUCGGAGGUGUAGAACAGGCUCCCAAAGGCAUGAAAAUCAGAGGAAACAUAAACAUCUGCCUGAUGGGAGACCCAGGAGUUGCCAAGUCCCAGCUGCUGUCCUACAUUGACCGCCUGGCUCCUCGAAGCCAGUACACAACAGGUCGUGGAUCGUCCGGCGUCGGUCUGACUGCAGCAGUGAUGCGUGACCCUCUGACCGGAGAAAUGACCCUGGAAGGUGGAGCCUUGGUGCUCGCUGAUCAGGGCAUCUGCUGCAUUGAUGAGUUUGACAAGAUGGCUGACGCCGACCGCACAGCCAUCCACGAGGUGAUGGAGCAGCAGACCAUCUCCAUUGCGAAGGCCGGCAUCAUGACCUCCCUCAAUGCUCGCUGCUCUAUUCUGGCAGCUGCCAACCCCGCAUACGGCCGCUACAAUCCCCGCAAGACCAUCGAGCAGAACAUUCAGCUUCCCGCCGCUCUGCUCUCCCGUUUCGACCUGCUGUGGCUGAUCCAGGACAAACCGGAUGCCGAAGCUGACCUGCGUCUGGCGCAGCACAUCACCUAUGUCCACCAGCACUGCCGCCAGCCCCCCACACACUUCACUCCCAUCGACAUGAAGCUGAUGAGGCGUUACAUCGCUGUGUGUAAGAAGAAGCAGCCCGCAGUGCCAGAGAACCUGGCUGAUUACAUCACAGCUGCUUACGUAGAGAUGAGGAAAGAGGCCAGAGUCAGCAAAGACACCACCUUCACCUCUGCCCGUACCCUGCUCUCCAUCCUCCGCCUGUCGACCGCUCUGGCUCGUCUCCGUAUGAUGGACGGGGUAGAGAAGGAGGACGUCAAUGAGGCCAUGAGGCUGAUGGAGAUGUCAAAGGACUCGCUACAAGCUGACAAGUCUAACACCACAAGAACUCAGCGCCCGGCCGACGUCAUCUUCUCAUUGGUGCGUGAGCUCGCCACAGAAGGCGUGAAGGGCCGUGGCGGAGCGGGCGGAGUCGUUCGCAUGGCCGAAGCAGAGCAGCGCUGCGUCUCUCGUGGCUUCACCCCUGCUCAAUUCCAGGAGGCCCUGGAGGAGUAUGAAGAACUGAACGUGUGGCAGGUCAACCAGGCUCGCACUCGCGUCACCUUUGUCUAAAGAGAAAAGGAAAAAGAAGGGACAACUCACAAUGCACGCUUCAUUCUACAGCUGAUGGAAAACCUCUUACCUGUGGGCGUUCUUCAAACUUAUUCUGGGCUAUUCUGUUCUCCUGCAGUGUUUUGUAAUAAAGGUCAAGCACAAGCAUGACUAUUUUUAAGCAUGACUUUUUUGCAAGUAUUCCACAGCUUUUUAUAUUCCCAUUCUCCAGAAAUGUGCUUGUAAAUAUGUAUGUCAUAUUAUAGUGUAGCUUCUGCAGUUUAGAGCUUCCAGUUUCUCUGACGUGAAGCAUUUCUGUAUAUUAUUUUGUGCUUUAAUGAAAGUCAAGCAAGAUGAACAUUGAGCCUUGUAUUGUGACACAUAGUUAUAAUAAAUUGAUGGUUCAAA